CUUACACGAUAACAUAUGACUUGUGUACUCUAUCUUUGUCUAUGAUCUUUAUAUUUCUACGAUUACUUUUAAAUCAUGUUUAAUUUCUUUGUGGUUCCAAAGUGAGUCUAGUGUUAUUUGUGGUGCAUAGGUUGGUGAUUUUUUUUAGUUAACUAUCAUGCUGUGUUGUGGUUAUGUAUUUGCAUUUAACAAUAUUAUGAAUGAAAAAUACAAUGUAAAAGAAACGUGUUAAACAAACUGGAAAUAUUAGGAUACCAAAUAUAUUAGAAUUUUGAAUGGAGGUGCUAUUUUUUAAAUACUGAGGCAAUAUUUACAAUCAGAAAGAAGUUUGAGGUUAAAAAAUUUAGAACAUAACAUUUUUUUAAAGCAAAUACGAUCAAAUAUUUUUUAACGGAGUAGGGCCUAUAUAACCGUUGUGAAGAUGCAAGUGUGUAGGAGAAUCUCAACAUUAUUGUUGUCACCACAUUGUGUGUUUAAGUCGGUACCAGCAGCCGGAGUAAAAUCUUGUGCAUUACCAGCUGAUUUUAGUGAUGUUGAAUUUCCUAGUCGUAUAAAGCUCAAAGUUGUGCCAAAAGUACCUCAGUAUCCACCUCAAAUACGCGCUUAUAAAACACAAAAAAGAUUGAGACUAAUGCGAGGUCCAGAAGAAUAUCAUAAUACCCUUUUACACAGACAAUAUGGCAUAAUAGCAACAGGUGGCGGCAGAUUGAAACAUAACAAUUUUGAAAUGAUCCGUAUGACAAUUUUGAGAAAUGUAGAUUACAAUAAAGUAUUUGCAAUUUGGAGAGUACCUGCUCCUUGGCAACCUAUUACUAAGAAGGGCCAUGGAUUACGGAUGGGUGCUGGUAAAGGAGGUAUAGAUCAUUAUGCUACUCCAGUAAAAGCAGGACAAGUUAUUAUAGAAGUUGGAGGAGAGGUUGAAUAUUUUGAGGUUAAACGCGUUUUAGAAAAUAUUGCGAAAAGAUUGCCAUGUACUGCUAUGGCAGUUACUCAAGAAAUUAUGGACAAAAUGGCAGAGAACAAGGAAAAAAUGGAAAAAGAAAAUCUAAACCCAUGGACUUGGAAAUAUAUCAUUCAGAAUAAUAUGCUUGGUUGUCAUAAAUGGAUCUCAAAAUAUGACAAACGAUGGUUCAACGAGUAUGUUUAAUUUAAGAUCUAUAUAGCUGUAAAUAUACACUGCUUAAAACACUCGAAUGUCUUUUUAAUUUUUGUAUCUUCUCGUGUUUGUUUAUCUUUUUUUUUAAUCAUUAUAUUAUACCCAAUCUUUAUUAGAGAAUAGUACGAAUUAUAUAUCAAUCAAGUAUAUAUCUAUAAAUGAGGAACAAAUAAAAAUCGUAGUAUACGAA